AUGGCACCAACCGAUACCAAGAAGGCCGAGCCGGUCAAGCAGGGCCCGCCCAAGCUUUCUGAUUAUAAGGAAAUUCUUGACGAGAGCACAUUCGAACAGAUCCUUGAGAUGGACGAUGACGAGGAGGAUCGCGAUUUCAGCAAGAGCAUUGUGUACGGUUUCUUUGACCAGGCCGAGAAUACCUACAAGAAGAUACAGAAGGAAAUAGAUGACAAGAACCUCGAUGAACUAUCUGCUCUCGGUCACUUCCUCAAGGGCUCAUCGGCCACACUCGGCCUUAUCAAGGUCAAGGACGGCUGUGAGAAGAUCCAACACUUCGGCGCCAACAAGGACGAGACCGGUCUCAUUGACGAACCCGACACCGAGGUCUGUCUCAAGGCUAUCAAAAAGACUCUGGAUGAAGUCAAGGUUGAAUACCGCAAGGUUGAGAAGCUCCUUCGCCGAUACUACGGCGAGGAAGUGAAGGACGAAGAAGAGAAGCCAGAAGAGGAAGUCAAGGAGCAGAAGGAGGAACAGCCCAAGGAAGAGCCCAAGAAGGAGGUCAAGGAGCCCAAGGAGACCAAGGAGCCCACUAAGGAGCCCACUAAGGAGCCCACUAAGGAAGCCUCGAAAUAA